UCCCUGACUCUAUGUUUCCAUUCUGCCAGGGUGGUUUGCUGUUUUCGCUGUGCUCGGAAGGUUCUCACGAGCCUCCUGGCAGCUUCUCUCUCUGAGAGGGCCCCUCCUGUUUCUAUCAGAGGCAGAGACUGGAGAUUCUCCCCAAGCCGCCUCACGUUGGAGCCCCAGUGCCCGGACGCCCGCUCACCGCCUGCAGUGGCCACCGCAGCCUCCCAUGGUAGAGCCAGACCUAGCGGGCCUCUAUCUCCACCCAAAUCAACUUGAUGUUUCAGGAAGAAGACACAAGCAACACAGCACGAGCCGAGGAAAGGUGCCUCUCAGUGGUCAUGAUUUUGGAAAGGCGUAGGAGCUGAAGUCUCAGAGCUUCCGUGCCAUGGCAGCCUCCCCCACCUCUGCGGCUGCGAGGAGGACCUCAGAGCCCAGCACGACCCCGGUGACCCUCGGCAGCCUGCAAGGAGAUAAAGAUCAGAGCAGCAGCAUCUUCUCUGGCUUUUCAGGACUCCUGGCUCUCCUCCUGGUCAUCACAGCUUUCUGCAUCCUGUGGAACAGGAACAAGUGGAAGAAACGGAAAUCUCCUUACCUCCAAGUGACUGACCUUCCCUCGCUGGCUCUGCCUCGACCCAGACAGCGAGCCAAGAAUGUUUAUGACCUCCUGCCUCGGCAGCAAGACGAUCUAGGGAGACAUCAGUUAAGGAGUAGCCAGGUGUUCAGUACCGAAAGCCUCCUUUCCAGAAAUGCUGACAGCCCUGAGCAUACGCUCUCCCAAGCAGAUGAGGCCCUCCAGCUGGACAGAGCCCAUAUCCAGGCUGUGGGGUACACAGUGGGAAUCUACGACAAUGCCACAGUGCCCCAGAUGUGUGGGCACCCUGCUCCUUCCACAUACUACAUCAACAUCACAGCAUCCAGGGAUAGCUCGAGCAUGUCUUCAGAGGAGUCCAAUGACUAUGUCAAUGUCACCACUGCAGAAUCGGCUGCUGAGACUCUAACUUCAACCAACAGCCUGCCUGAAAAUCUGUUUGGUCUUCCUAGUACCCAGGAGUUGGAGGUUACUGAGGAAAGGCAUGCAGGCCACGGGGACAUCAAUGACUGCCCUUGUUUUGGGGCUCCAAGAACUGAAGACAGUGACCCACUCAACAGUGAGGAAGAUUCCUCUCAGACAUCAGAUGAUUAUGUCAACGUGACAGGCUUAGAUCUUGAAGAUAUCCAGGAGAUUCUGCCAUGGGUGGCUUUUCAGUGCUGUGGAGAUUAUGAAAAUGUCCCACCAGCAAAGCCCAAUGGAAGCCAGCAGCAGGCUUUGGAGGAGGUGGCCUGUGCACUCACAGACCACAGAGAGGACCACACAACAGGUCCAGGGACCCACAGCCAACUUGCCAUGAGGAAUUCCCUGUCUCCAGGGUAUUAUAUAGCCUUUCAGCCUCCGACAAAGAGAGGGAACAGUCAGGUGACAUGUGGGAAAAAGAUGUCAGAUGUAAAUUCUCACGACUAUGAGAAUGUACUAGCUACUGACUCAGAGUGCGGGAACCGGGAGCCUGAAGGAACGCUCGGGUACCAAGCUGGAAAGCCACAUGGGGUGGCAUACUCUGCUGGCUCCUCAGCCACUGCCAAGCUGAAUGAAAGCCCUUGAGCACUCUGGUGAACCAGUAGCUUCAUGGCUUGGGUCAAAAAGAGGCUUAGACAGCUGGGAAUGUGGCUUGGUGAGUGCUUUGCCUAGCAUGCAUGAAGCCCUGAGUUCGAUUGCUCAGUAC